CAAAACGCGCGCGCCGCAUAACGCGCCAUGAAAGUGAGCGCGAAACACGUUUUUUUCAAAUUCAAAAAAAUUCCAUCUGACAGACACCUCAACAUUCCCUCCAAAACCACACGGUGCAUUUUUGACAUAACAUUUUUUUUUUUUUAAUUUUUCUUUUGGUCGUGGCGUUGAACUUGCCUGUGAGUGCAGAGCCCCCGUUUCAUAAGUGAUUAUACGAUGUUACAAACGUUCGUAGUGAAAGUGUAGUGACGUAAACAUUAGAUCAGACGUUAUGGCGGACAUUGUGCGUUUAGGGAAGUGCCGUGCCAUAGAUACAGUUUUUUUUAUUGUUUUUGGUACCUCAUUAAUCGCACAACAAAUUAGAUGUCAACAGACCGCUCUCCACCCGGUCUCCUUCAGACGGAUAACGGAUGAAAUAAAACCAUACCUACAAAGGCACACGCACUGGAAUCAAUAUUCCGUACCAAGAAAAAGAUCUUCAGACUCGACACAAUAUUACCAAAAUAACCCCUAUAGUCAAGCAUAUUACCAUGAAAGAGAAUACAUGUCACCAGACCCCAACCACGAACAAUACCCUCAAUAUUAUGAUGGUAGAUCAUCAGUAGAUUUAAUUCAUUCAGAAAGGAUACAAAAUCCAAACGAUGGUAGACUACUCUCAGAUUCGGCAUUCACAAGAAUAUCUGAAACUCUGGGAGCAAUCAACACAGUUGGACAUUAUCUCGUCGAUGUGGUCAAUGAUAAUAAUGAUCGAAAAGAAACCGAUUCUAACCUCCAGCAAUUACCACAAGCUCUCUACACGAUAAGUAAAAAUGUUCUCGGGCGCAACGUAACCGAUAAAAUAGCGCCUAUAGUUAAGAAAGCUUUACCUAGAGUUUUACCAGAUGCUCCUAUAACAAAAAUAGCAACAGCUAAUUUGAACGAGAAUGACUCACGGUCGUGUACUACACCUGAAGGAGAGAAUGGUGUGUGUGAAGAUCUGAGUAACUGCCCACAAUUGCUCCUAAACCUUAUUAAUCUCAGGGAAUCAUUGUGUUUCAAAGACCUAUUUGUACCCGGAGUAUGCUGCCCACAUGACGCAGUUGUGCCUUCAACUACAGCGGUUGAAAAGCCUGUGUUAGCUACAACAAGUAAACCGACUUACUUGGUUCCUGUAACGACUCAGAGGCCUGUCACUUUGACCACCAAGAAGCCAACAACGAAACCUUCAGCUGUUUUGGUUCUGACAACGAAGAAACCGAAAACUACUGUCACUACUCCAAAACCAACCAGGCCCACUACAGUUACGACUUCGAAACCACCGUCUACUACAUCUUUUUAUACAGUAGCACCGCCCGUUAUAGCUAAUUACUCCAACAUCGUUGAUGUUAACGAUUGCGGUCAACGUGAGGACGAAGGAGGUCGUAUAGUUGGUGGAACUGAAUCCAAACCUGGCGCCUGGCCCUGGAUGGCAGCUAUCUACUUGCACGGGAACAAGAGGAGAGAGUUCUGGUGCGGGGGCACUCUGGUGGGGCGAAAACAUGUGCUCACAGCUGCUCAUUGCACAAGGGACUCGAAACAAAGGCCAUUCCCAGCUCGCCAGUUCAGCGUGCGGCUUGGUGACGUAGAUCUGUCACGUGACGACGAACCGUCCCGCCCCGUGACGCUGCGCGUGACAGCGGUGCGCGCGCACGAGCAGUUCUCUCGGGUCGGCUUCUAUAACGAUAUCGCCGUUUUGGUUCUAGCUGAAAACGUCCAAAAAUCAAAAUACGUGAUACCCAUCUGUCUUCCGCACGGCGAACUCGCCCGCAAGCAUUUCGACGGUUCAGUCGCCACCGUAGUGGGCUGGGGGACCACCCGGUACGGUGGGGGGGAGAGCUCUAAGCAACUAGAAGCUAAGUUACCAGUAUGGAGGAACGAGGAAUGCGACCGGGCGUACUUUCAGCCGAUUACUGAUACGUUCCUGUGCGCGGGAUACGCGAGGGGCGGGGUUGAUGCGUGUCAGGGAGACUCGGGCGGUCCGCUAAUGUUGCAAGCAAACGGUCGCUGGACUCAAAUUGGAGUCGUUUCGUUCGGAAACAAGUGUGGCGAGCCUGGCUACCCGGGAGUCUACACACGUGUGACACACUACCUCGGUUGGCUGCAACAGAACUUAACUUAAACAUUAAAUUUAAUUGAUAUACCUUAAUUUAUAAAUUUUAUUAUUUUUCGAUGUGGAAGGAAUUUUACAGUCUAUUAUAAUGAUUUUUAAUUUAUAUAAUUUAGAAAUAAAAUGAAACAGUCUGCAAAUACCAAUUCUACUAUUUAACAUUAAGUUUAUAUUUAAUAAAUAUUCAUUUAGAAGUCAUAAAUUAAGAAAUUAAAUGCUUCUUUAGACUGAUGUUUAAUUUAUUUAUCUGAUCUAUGUUUCAUUUUAUUGUCUUACUGGAAUAAUCGACUAUUGAUGCGGAAGUCAUUACUUAGUGAAAUACUAAGAUUAAGGAUCAUUUUCUUAUGGUGUAAUGUAUAUUUGUAAAUUUGAUUGAAUAAAAAAUUGUGAUAUUAAA